AUGUGUUCAUUUGAAAAGUUGUCCGAUCUGGAACUGCUUGAAAGUCUGACUUUGCAAUCCUCCCACUUUACGUUCAGUGGUACGAAUGAACCACAGGAGGAUCCGUUUGCUAAUUUCUCCAGAUUGAAAAAACUGCAACUACUCCACUGCUCCUCAGUCAGUGGCCUGCCACAUGAUUAUGGCUCGUAUCAUGGUUUUGUAGUAUCUGGACCUCAACUGCUGUAUUUGGAGAUACAUAGGUCACAAUUUGGCUCGAUCGAAAUACGUGCUCCUAAGCUCAAAUCCUUCACUUAUUGGACUGAUGUUCUUCCUCGUCUGCUACCAACAGAUGGGUCCAAGUGGAACCUUCCUUCUCUCAGUCAUGCAAAGCUGAACCUGUGCCGAAGCAAGGGUGUAAUUUCGUGUUUUAACGCUGAGCAGAAGCAAGUACUGCUCAAACAGUGCGUCAACUUGUUCCAUGGUUUGCGUGAUGUAGAAUCACUCAGCUUGCACAUGGACACCAUUGAGUUGUUGAUUCAGGCUUGUGACUCGGUGAAACAUCAACCUUCACCCUUUAGGAGAUUGAAGUCCCUGAGUUUGCUGUAUUCUAAUGGAUCUUUCAGCCGUGUACCUUACCAAGUGAUGCGUUUCUUUCUUGAAGGCUCCCCUAAUGUGGACGACAAGUAUCUGACGAUUGACAAGCGGCCACGGGCCAAGGCUAGAUCUCACACCAGGCGUGAUUCCUGA